AAUUGUAGCCGAAAUGUCAAAGUUUCAUCACUGCACAUCUCUAUUUUAAUCCGAAUCCAGAUCCUAGUCCGACGCACUUCGGCAUAUUCGGAUGGCAGCGGAGAUCUGCCGUCGCAUAAUCCAAUCUCUCCAGCCACAGGCCGACGUAUUCUGGCCACGAGCUAGACCCAAUCGGGGUAGAAUUAAGCAGAGAUCCUCCACUUUUUGGGCGCAAUAGACGUCAUUUCUUGGUGGUCUUGUGGCGCAGGGUAUUGUUGGUACCUGCAGGCCGGUAGCCCCGAAGUCUUCUCCUUUUCAUAUAUAAAUUCAGCUGUUGCCGUUCUCGAGAAUAAAUAUCAUUCCACCUCUCGAGCAACUCUCCUCGAUCUUCUCCAUCAACUGACUCCUCGAAACCGCCAGCACUCCACUUCCUUACCAACAGUCAUCAUGCGUUUCUCAUCUCUCCCUGCUGCUCUCGCCGUCUUGGCCUAUACCUCGACCACCAACGCCCAGGUCAACGUUGGUAGCAUCGUCAGCGGUGCACUGUCAACAGCUACAUCGGAUGCAGCUGGCGGAAUCUCGACCGGUCUCUCGUACGCAUCGGGUGGAAUCUCAACUGGCCUUUCAUACGCCUCAGGAGGAGUCUCAACCGGUCUCUCUUAUGCAUCAGGCGGAGUGUCAACCGGUCUCUCCUACGCAUCGGGAGCAGAGUCAACCGCAACCUCAGACGCUGCCGGAGCUCAUUCAACAGCCAGUUCUUACCUCUCCGGUGCACUCUCCACAGCAUCGAGUAAAGCCGCAGGAGGUAUCAGCACCGGCCUCGCAGAUGCCAGCUCUGCUAUCUCAAGCUUGAACUCAGUUGCCAGCACAGCCACUGGAGCUGCGAAGAGUUCGGCGUUGAGCAAGGCGAGCAGUUUGAGUGUGUCUGCCAAUUCGGUGGCAAGCUCAGCGAGUGUAGCCUUGACGAGUGCUGCUAGCAGUGCCAACUCGGCGGCAAGCAGUGCAACCUCAACCGCUGGAGGAGCCAUGGUUACUGCUGCUCCAAUCUGGGGUGCUGCUAUUAUGGGAGCUGCUGGUCUUUACAUGUUGUAAAGAGUGUAUGUAACAAGAUUGUAUUGAUAAUGCAUAGCUGGAGGUUAUAAUGUAUGGAGUUUCG